CACAAUGGCAAAGGGGACGUGCGCGCUCCCGCUGUGUAGCGACAAGAUGGCGGUCGCCGCCGGAUCAGGUGUUAAGGUGCCCCGUAAUUUCCGGCUGCUGGAGGAGCUGGAGGAAGGUCAGAAAGGUGUGGGAGAUGGAACCGUGAGCUGGGGACUGGAAGAUGACGAGGACAUGACCUUAACACGCUGGAGAGGGGUGAUCCUCGGCCCUCCCAGGACGAGCUAUGAAAACAGGAUGUACAAUCUGAAGGUUGAAUGUGGGCCAGGUUACCCAGAGUCUCCACCGUUUGUCAGAUUUGUGACAAAGAUAAACCUGAAUGGCGUUCAUACUUCCAACGGUGUGGUUGACAUGCAUGCAGUGAACGCGCUGUCCAAGUGGCAGAACUCCUACAGUAUCCGGAUGGUGCUGCUGGAGCUGCGACGGCUCAUGACGUGCAAGGAAAACAUGAAGCUUCCUCAGCCGCCCGAAGGCCAGAUCUACUCCAACUGAGCUUCUGCUACUUAUGACUCUGACUCUCUCUCUCUCUCUCUCCUUCUCCAUUCAUCUUUCAUUCCUUUAUCCUCAUCCCCUCCCACCAAGGCACACACACACACAGCAGAAGACUUAAAAAGACAAGAUCAGAUGCAUUGAAAUGUACAUGCCCGCACACAUAUCUGCAUACAAACUCAUUUGUGAACGUCAUUCCAGGCCCUGCCUCCCGUUCUUUUGUCACUGGACCUCUGUGUUGACUUGACUUGUUAGUUCACACCAGAGAUGAUCAUUUGAAAACUGUACAUCUUAUUGAUCUUUUUUUUAUUAUUUGUUAAAUAAUGCAGAUUGUACAAUAACAUAAAUUAUCUUAUUGAGUGUU